AUGGUCUUCACAGCCCCAGAAUGGGUUCCCAAGCUGUUCAUCGAAGCAGAUCCGCCCGACACGGUCACCGUCGGGGAAUUCAUGGCGAAUGAGAAAUACGGCCGAACCCCCAUUGCCCAGUCGCGGAACCCCUACACCUGCGGCAUCACGGGCAAGACGUACUCGGCCGCAGAGGUCAUCGCGCGCGAGGACCAUCUCGCCCGCGCGCUGAGCAAGGAGCUCAACUUCCACCCGCGCGAGGGGACAGAGUGGGACAAGAUCGUCUGCCUCUACUCGGUGAACACGAUUGACUACAUCCCUUUCACCCACGCCGUCCACAGACUCAAUGGCAUCGUCACACCUGCCAGCGCCGCCUACUCCGCCAUCGAGCUGGAGCACCAGCUCAAGUCCUCGGGCGCCAAGGUCCUCUUCACCUGCGUGCCCCUGCUGGAGAAUGCCCUCAAGGCGGCCGAGGCAGCGGGGAUCCCCAAAGAGCGCAUCUUCCUCCUCCCCGUGCCCGGCGCGGACAACAAGACAUCCUUCAAGACGGUCGAUGACCUGAUAGAGCAGGGCAAGUCUCUGCCAGAGCUGCCCUCCCUCCAGUGGGUGGCCGGCCAAGGCGCGCGCCAGGUAGCCUACCUCUGCUACUCCAGCGGAACAUCUGGCCUGCCCAAAGCCGUCAUGAUCUCCCACUACAACGUAAUCGCCAACGUCAUCCAGAAAAUGUCCUUCGACAAGCACGCCCGCGCCCUCAAGGGCAACCCCCCGCCUGGGGCGGGAAUCGGCGUCCUCCCCUUCAGCCACAUCUACGGCCUCGUCCCCGUCACCCACCUGUGCACCUACCGCGGCGAGGAGAUCGUCGUCCUCCCGCGCUUCGAGCUCACCACCUUCCUCUCCGCCAUCGAGCGCUUCAAGAUCGAGUCCAUCGCCCUCGUCCCACCCAUCCUGAUCCUGUUCCUGCGGCACCAGGACGUGUGCAAGAAGUAUGAUCUCAGCUCCCUGCGCACCGUCUUCACGGGUGCUGCGCCGCUGGGGCGCGAGACGGCGGAUGAGCUGCUUGCGUUGUUCCCCCAGUGGAAGAUUGGGCAGGGAUACGGUAUGACGGAAACAGCAACCGUCGUUUCAUCCACCAGCGACCACGAUAUCUGGUUCGGAUCGGCGGGCUCCCUCCUCCCCGCGAUGAAGGCCAAGAUCGUCGACCCCGAGGGGAAAGAAAUCACCGCCUACGACACCCCCGGCGAGCUCCUCGUCCAGGGUCCCUCGGUCGUGCUGGGCUAUCUCCACAACGAGAAGGCCAACGCCGAGACCUUUGUCUGGCACGAGGACGGGCGCUGGAUCCGGACGGGGGAUGAGGUGGUCGUGAAGAAGUCGCCGGCCGGGAACGAGCACAUCUUUAUUGUUGAUCGCAUCAAAGAGCUGAUCAAGGUUAAGGGCCAUCAAGUUGCUCCAGCUGAGCUCGAGGCUCAUUUACUGACCCACCCCGACGUCGCCGACUGUGCUGUGAUCCAGGUUCCCGACGAACGUGCCGGUGAGCUGCCCAAGGCGUACAUCACAAAGUCGGACGAGGCUUCCGCAAAGCCCGAGGAGGAGGUGAUCAAGUCGAUCAAUAAGCACGUCGAGGAGCACAAGGCCAGGCACAAGUGGCUCAAGGGCGGCAUCGAGUUCAUCCCCGUGAUUCCCAAGAGCCCCUCCGGGAAGAUCUUGAGACGUUUGCUGAGAGAUAAGGAGAAGGAGGCUAGAAGAGCCAAGAGGUCGAAGCUUUAG